AUGUCUGCAACUAGAGUAGUUGGUGUACUUGUCGUCCUCGUGUUGUUGUACGCAGUUGCCGAAGAUCUUAGCGAAGAAGACGCUCAGUCGUUUUUGGAUGAAUAUAACCCCCUUGCUGAGAAUGAAGACAUCAGAUUAUGUACAUGCCUCCAAGUUGCAGCUGAAGACUACUCGAAGUUCGCUUCAACUUCAGCCGAAGAAGCAGAUGUAUAUACACCCUAUCUUGAUAGUUAUUCCGAUCCCGUUGCUAGGGAACUAGAAUUCAUCACAUCUAUCGGAGAUGCUGUUCUAGAUGACGACGAUUUCGCUCACUUACAAGGUGUUCUUAAUAAUAUGAGUUUACUCUAUGCUACUGGUGAAGUGUGCAAGCCGGAUGACAGCACUGAUUGUUACCCACAGGACCCAUAUUUGACUGAUAUCAUGGCAAAUUCACGCAAUUACGACGAACGCCUUUGGGUUUGGAAAAAGUGGAGAGACGAUGUCGGUCGCCCAAUGCGUUCUAUUUAUGUUGAAUAUGUUGAAUUGAAGAACAAAGCUUCAGUUUUAAAUGGGUAUGACGAUUAUGGUGAUUACUGGAGAGCUAAUUACGAAGAUGAAAAUCUGGAAGAAGAUAUGUGGCAUAUGUACGCAGACAUAAAACCAUUAUACGAGAAACUCCAUGCAUAUGUACGAUAUCGAUUGAAAGAGGUGUAUGGCGACAUGUGGGGGCGCUUUUGGACCAAUCUCUACAGCAUAGUUGAACCAUACCCCAAUGGCACCAAUGUUGACGUCACAGAUGAAAUGAUACGACAGAACUACACUGUCGACAGAAUGUUUCGUAUGGCGGAUGAUUUCUUUAUAUCAAUGGGGUUGAUUGAAGCGCCCCCAGAGUUCUGGGCAGAAUCCAUGUUCGUCAAACCAACUGACAGACUAGCGGAAUGUCAUGCCACUGCCUGGGACUUCUACAAUCGAAUAGAUUUCAGGAUACGUAUGUGCACGGAGGUCAACAUGGACGACUUUAUGACGAUACAUCAUGAAAUGGGACACAUUCAAUAUUUCCUGCAGUACAAAGACCAACCGGUUGAGUUUCGGGAUGGUGCUAAUGAGGGUUUUCACGAGGCUGUAGGCGAGGUCAUCGCAAUGUCUGCUGCCACUACACAACAUCUUUACUCGAUUGGUUUAUUGCACGAAAAUCCAGAUGACUAUGAGACAGACAUCAAUUUCCUGAUGAAGCAAGCUCUGACAAUGGUUGCUACGUUACCAUUUUCCAUCGCGUUAGAGAAAUGGCGUUGGGAAGUGUUCCGUUACAAUAUACCAUACGAAGAUUGGAUGCAAAAGUGGUGGGAGAUAAAAAAUCAAGUUAUAGGCGUUGUUGAACCCGUUCCUCGUACUGAAGAAGAUUUCGACCCCGGUGCAAUGUACCACAUUGCUAAUGACUACUCUUCUUAAGGUGGGCAACUCAGGUACUACACCCGUACAUUCAUCCAGUUUCAAUUCAACGAAGCCAUGUGCGAAGCCGCAGGAUGGGACCAGGAGAUCUUUAAAUGUGAUUUCUACAAUUCUACAGAAGCUGGGAAAAUUCUGGGGGACAUGUUAGCAAAAGGUCGUAGUGUACCAUGGCCAUACGCGAUGUAUGCCAUAGCAGGUACAUAUGAAAUGGAGUCUUUACCAUUAUUGAAUUACUUCAAACCAUUGGACGAAUGGUUAAAUAAGGAAUUAUUUGAACUUGGUAUAAUAGAUACAGUAGGGUGGGAUCCAAAAUGUACUUGGAAACCAUAUGAAAAAGAUGAGCCAGCGACUACUGAAGUCUCAGAACCAGUGAUUGAUUCUGCUUCCACAAUCAUCGUAUCCUAUGCUAUUAUCUUCACUGGAUUACUGGCCACGAACUUCAAGUUGCAAUAGAAAUGAUUAAUCAACCAUUCAAUUGUGAUUAUACAUGAACAAUGAGAUAAGAACAAUGCCAAUCACAUGAGCACUCUACCCGAUCAAAUUAUAACAGUCACACAAUGUAUAUUUAGAAUACAAGUUCCUAGCAUCAAAUUUAGUCAGACAAUUCGAAUUUCUUGUGUUUUGUUUUUUUGUUUGUAAUGAGCUUGCACUUGCAUUAAAUAAUAGAAUUGUCAACUGUACAUCUGACGAUUAGGCAAUAUGUAAUCAAGC